AUGGUCCCGAUAAAAAUAGAGCCUCAGGAAGAUUUAGUUUUUGAAGGGCCAUUCAAUGAAGUGGUAAAUUCUAGUAUCAUUAUUACAAAUCCUAGCGAUAGAAUUGCUGGAUUUAAAGUUAAGACAACAGCACCCAAACAAUACUGUGUUAGGCCAAAUUGUGGCUUUGUUAAUCCUGGCCAAUCUGUUAACAUAACAGUGAUGUUACAACCCUUCAAUUAUAAUCCAAACGAUAAGCUCAAACACAAAUUCCUCAUCCAAUCCAUACUGGUCAAUGAGGCUAACUUGGAGAGCCCUGAAUUAGUGGAAAAGUGGCAGAUCCAAGCUCACCUGGGAAGAAGUGUUGCCAAAGGAUAUGAGGGCCUGAAAACAGAACUGGCCCAGAAUAGAGAAGACUCUAACGGACGGUUAAAUGAGCUUGAUCAUGCAACAAGGCCACCCCGAAGUUUUCAUCAGCGAACUCUGAAACGAACACUGUCUCCCAGAUGGAAAGAAGUUAAACAAGAAGACAUUAUUGAGCAUAAAUUGAAAUGCGUUUUUGAGGAAAGAGGGACAGGCAGUGCAACCAUGUUUGCGGACAGGAAGGAUGGGCGCCAAAACAAGGGCAAUGUUUUCGCUCAGUUCUUCAAUGCCAGGCAAGGUCAAGGAAGUUACAUGUAUGCUCUCGUCAUUGUAUGCCUCUCAAUAGUUAUUGGCAUCAUAUGUGGAAAAUAUGUAUUUUAGUGGUUGUCAAUUUAUUAUUAAUUUUUGAUGGAGCCAAUGAUUGUUUUUUUAAUGUGUAUACAAAAUUGUAAGCUAGAAGAUUGUUAUAAUAUAAUGUGUUGGACGUUUGUUUUGUUGUUUUUUUUUUUUGUAAUUUUAGCCACGACAACAGGUAAAUAAAAACAUAGUCAUUCCAAAAUUUUUUGUUUAUAGUCUUUGUUUACAAUGUUUUAUUAUAAAAUGGGUUUUUCCUAUUUUAUAUUGUACGUUUUCUUUUU